GCUCACUCCGCGCCGCGCGCUCGCCCCGGCAACAUGUGCAGCGGGCCCGACGGAGGGCCCUGGCCGCUCAAGGACGCACCCGCCGUCACCGCCGCCGCGCUCGACCACUACCGCCUCCAGCUCUACAACUAUGCUGUCGCCGAGCGCUUGCGCCUUUACCCGCCCGCCGUCGCGCCCUGCUAUCCCUACGCGCCGCGUCUCGCACUCUCCAUGUCCCUGCUCCAGCAGCGCGCACUGCAGCCCGAAGAACCGAAACCCCAGCACAGCUACAUCGGCCUCAUUGCCAUGGCCAUCCUCAGCUCGCCAGAACGCAAGCUGGUCCUCUCCGACAUCUACCAGCACAUCCUCGACAACUACCCGUACUUCCGCACGCGCGGGCCCGGCUGGCGCAACUCGAUCCGGCACAACCUUUCGCUGAACGACUGCUUCGUGAAGGCCGGGAGGUCCGCGAACGGAAAAGGACACUACUGGGCGAUACACCCAGCUAACAUCGAAGACUUCAGGAAGGGCGAUUUUCGCCGCCGCAAAGCGCAGAGGAAAGUGAGGAAGCACAUGGGGUUGGCGGUGGACGACGACGGGGAGGACUCGCCGUCGCCGCCGCCCGCGUCGCCGCCGCCGACGGCGCUGCCACUGCCGUUCUGGGGUGCCGGGCGGCUCGCUGGCGCCGGGCAGCCCCGCAAGCGCCAGUUCGAUGUGGCGUCGCUGCUGGCACCGGACGAGGCGCCAGAGAAGCGCACACGUCGCGAGAGCAGCUGCGAGGAGGAGCCAGAGGAGGAUAUCGAUGUGGUGGCGAGCGACGCAGAAGAGGAGCCGCGGCCGGCGGCGCACUACCCGCUGCUGGGCGGCUGGUGGCCGGCGCUGGAGCCCGCACUGCUGCAGCAGCUGCGGCGCGCGCACCCGGCGGCCGCCGCGCUGCCUGCAGCCGCGCACCUCGCCCCACAGCUCGCGCCGCACGCGCCUCACAGCCCGCAUAGCCCACACGACACGCAGCGCCCGCCGGACACUUAAAUCCCUUUGUGAACUGUACAAAUAUGUGAAUAAUCAGUAUUAGACUAACGUGCUAACCUAAAGUGACAUUACCUGGUGAAAUACUCAACGAACUCUUCCUUUCCUUACUUUUAUCCUUCGUCGGACAUUUCUUCGAGUGUCUAUGCUAUUUCUUUAUUUCUAUGCGAUACGCGUUGAACUCUUUUCUAUUAUUGUAAUAACUCAUCUAUCAUCUGUCAACUUACUACUAUCUUUCCGUUCCUGUUGUUAGCUUUUAAUUGUAAAUUAUUGUAAAUUUAGCGUAGGCAUGUUUUACUUAAGCUGUACCUAGAACAGUGACUUUUAGUAAUAAAUACUAAUCUAAUGAAAGUCUGAAAACGACCAAUCGACUGUAGAUAUUCUUUUAGUUCUAUUUGUAAAUACAUUUAAACUGUAUACUUAUUGUUAUGUCUGGUAACAUGUAAACAUGCUGUUGUUUAUUUACUAGAACCCAUUAAUUAUAUAAA